AUGUCGUGCUGCCCCUGGUUGGAUAUUGUUUUUUGCUCCUUUGCCCUGCUGCUGAGCAUUUGCGCGUUCUGCUUGCGCCCAGAUGACCGUCGUUUGGAGGUUUGCUGCCCAGGCUUCCGGGAAAAUCUCUCAGGCUCCAUGCACCGGCUGUUGAUAUUUUUGGACUGGAAUGAGUGGAUUUUGAUUCCUGUCAACACCAUUGCUGCGUUUGCGAUUUUCUUCUCAAACUUUGAGUGUGAGAGUGGAAAUAGCAGAUGUGCCAGUUCCAUGUUGCACGCCUUCACAUCUUCCCGCAUGCUUUGUGUCCUGCAAACGAUUGCUUUGACAAGCUUUGUGCUACAGCUGUUUGCCUCAGAAUUCCUGGUGGCGUGGACAGGGGUGUUCUACUUGCUGAAUCAUAUGUGUGUUUACCACAAGGAGUUUUUGCCACAGGCACAGCAGCUGAUCAUGGGCGUAUCGCAGCAGCACAGCUCCUCCUCUUCAAGUUGGACCUCGAUGUUCAACCCGAUCAGCAUGCGACAGUUCGAAGGGAACUUGAAUCUGCAAGAGUAUUGCUUGAUGUUGAGCACAUACGAUGAUCCCAAGCUCUUCAGAUACGUUAUUUUUUCCUCAGUUGAGGUGCCUGGAGGUGUAGUGCUUUUCUCACUAUUCAAUGGGACCACUUCCAACGUUCCAAGGAGCGAGUGGACGUGGCACUGCAGCGAGUCUGGCUGGCAUCGCUAUUAA